CACCGCGGAGCUGCAGCUCGUGUGUUACCCGGAUGUUUCGAAGCGGUCAGCAUGGCGGAGCCCACAGACACGUACAGUACAGCUGCAGAUGAUGAGGUGCCUGAUCUGCUGCACAGUGAGGAAGAGGAAGAUGAUGAUGAACAGUGGCAUUGUAUGGAGGAAGAUGCUGAUGGUGUGUCUGUGUCUUGCCUUUUUUGCCAAAGAUCCUUCAGUUCUGUUCCUGAAACUUUCCAACACUGCCAGUCAGAACAUGGUGUGGACCUCCUGCAGCUGGUGACAACACACAGACUUGAUGAGUACGGAUACAUAAAGAUGAUAAACUACAUUAGAACAGCGAAGUGCAGUGGGGACAGUUUGGCUGGUCUGGGUGGCGCUCUGCCGUGGGACGGGGAUGAGUACAUGAAGCCGGCUCUGCCUGAUGAUCCUCUGCUGCUGAUUGAUUUGGAAGAUCUGAUUGGGGGUGAGAUGAAGCUGGAUGCUGCACCAGGAGGUCAGGUUGAGGGGAAGGAUCAGACUACAGCUUUACUCCGAAAGGCCCAGCAGGCAGAAGAGAGAGCUGAGCGCUCGGAGGAGGCUUUGGCUCGAGCUAUGGAGGAUCUGCAUAAACUCAAGGUUCUAGCCCAGGGCCUGGUGCUGAGUGCAGGUAGAGCGGGCCCCUCGUGUUCAGGGGCCGUUGCGGAGCUUCAGGAAGACGAGGAUGAGGCGUAUUUCAGCUCAUAUGGCCAUUACAGCAUUCACGAGGAAAUGCUGAAGGUGGGUCAACAGAACCAGAACGAAAACAGUUACAAUACACACUUUGCAUAUAUCUAAUAUAUAUUCAGAUAAAAAAAAACUUUGAAUUCUGAGAAAUUCUGAAGAGUACAUUUGCCAGUUGAUGUAAUGAGUCCUGUAAUUAAUGUCAGUCUUGGUGAGAUGCUGUAAAUAUUGUUUGUGGA